AUGUCGCAAUCUGGCGCGAUGCCCCCACGUCAGGACAUUGUGGUUCAGCCGCAACGGAUCCAGGUCGAGCAGGCGAGGGCGAGGCCUCCUCCUCCGCCGGCCCCGGGGCGCCUCCAGCGGCCGCCGCACGACCACCCAGCGGUCUACAUUCACAGACCUCAAAACACAAGAUUAAAUAACAACUCCACCUCCACAAGU